ACAGGAUAGCUUGCGUUGAUCCUGCAGUGUGUCAAGCAGUAUGUAAACAAAAUAGCUGUGCAGACAUCGCCUUCCCCACUUUGAUGUUGGAACUCAUGCCAGUUGGCGUACGAGGCCUGAUGCUCUCAGUCAUGAUGUCCGCCCUUAUCUCCUCCUUGACGUCGAUUUUCAAUAGCAGCAGUACCAUUUUUACAAUUGAUAUAUGGAGGAGGGUAAGAAAGAACGCCACUGAAGUCGAGCUAAUGAUUGUUGGAAGAAUGUGCGUGCUAGCCCUAGUGGCUGUUGGGAUCGUUUGGAUCCCUGUUCUACAGAGUGUUACUAAUCUCGUUAAUUACACUCAGGGUGUCACCAGCUUUCUGGCUCCUCCCAUCUGUGCCGUAUAUGUGCUAGCAAUCUUCUGGAAAAGAACCAACGAAAAGGGAGCUUUUUGGGGUCUGAUGAUUGGUCUGUGUGUUGGUCUGAUCAGGUUUGGUUGGGAAUACUCUUAUAAGAACUACCCGUGUGGCGAGCAGUACAAAGAUCAGAAGCCAGACAUCAUCAGCAAAAUUCACUACCUACAUUUCGGCAUCCUCCUGUUCGUAAUUGUUGUUGCUGCCACCGUUGCUAUCAGCCUUUUAACUGCUCCCAUCGAUGAUGUCCAUCUAGAGAGACUAACCUACUGGGAUCGCUUCAGCACCAAACAAAGAAUAGAUAUCUCAGAAGUCGAAGAGGAAGAAAAGCCAGUGGCUAAGUCUGUGGAGGAUUGCGAGGCUUAUCAAGAUAGGGGGAUUUAUUAUAUCCGCUUUUCUAUGUUUCUAGGUUCUGACACAUUAUCAUGGUAUAAAACAGCCUUCCAGUGGAUUUGCGGCAUUGAGAAGAUGUCAAAAGAGCACCAUAUGACAGACGCUGAGAUGAGAGCAAUAGAAGAGAAACACACAUCGAUUUAUGAAAGCAUGACUGGACGAUGGGUGCUCAAUAUCAAUGCGAUCCUUCUGGUCACAGUUGCAUCCUUUGUGAUCGGAUUCUUCGCUUGA